CAGUCGCCGGGUAGCGGUGAUUUCUCGGGUCAGAUCGGAGGGUUUUUGGAGGACGGUUAAUCAUGGCCCUGAGGGUGAUCCGACUGGUCAUCCCAUCGGGAGCAGCUGCAUUUAAAUCUGUGAACUUUGCUCAGAAGGCAGGCGUUCACACGAGCUCCGUGAGAAGCCUACAGUACGGCUGGUGGGCCUAUGCGCUGGGCGAGAGGACAACACCACGGUUUCAGCAAUACAGUAAAAUCAUCACCUUGGAUGGCAACUUGGCCUCGGGGAAAGGAGCACUGGCUCAGAAGCUGGCUGACAAUCUGGGGAUGCUCUACAUGCCUGAGGCCGACACUUUCUACUUGGACAAGAUGACGGGGGAGAAGGAGCCACUUUCUGUUGACUUUAACGGCAUGUGCAGCUUGGAGAAGUUCUACACGGACCCCAAAGCUGCUGACGGAAACAGCUACAGACUGCAGCUGUGGAUGUACACCAUGAGGCUGCUUCAGUACGCUGACGCCCUCGAACACCUGCUCACCACAGGUCAAGGAGUGAUCCUGGAGCGUUCUCCCUUCAGUGACAUGGUCUUCCUAGAGGCCAUGGCCAAAGAGGGAUACAUCAGGAAGGAGUGUGUGCACCACUACAACGAGAUUAAAGGCAUCAGCCUCUGUGAGUUCCUGCCUCCACACCUCGUCAUCUACAUCGAUGUGGCAGCUGAGGAGGUGCAGAAGAAGCUGAAACAGAGCGGCAAGUCCUAUCUUCAGAAUGUGCCCCUGACAUAUCUGAAGGGCAUCGAGAACAGCUACAAGAAAUCUUUCCUCCCUGAAAUCAGUAAAACAUCUGAACUGCUUGCUUAUGAUGCAACUCAAGCUCAAGAUGUUGAAAAGGUGGCAGAGGAUAUCGAGUAUUUGAAGUUUGAGAAGGGGCCGUGGCUGGAGCAGGAUGAUGUCACCUACCACCACAUGAGGAUGCUCGUGGAAGACAAACAGAGGGUGGCCACCCUGACCCACAUACCCAAGUUUCUUCCAGAAAUAACCAUCGGAGCACACGACUACGAUGAAAAAUACUAUGCCUACAGAUCGCUCCCUGGGAAGAAGUACGCUCCCGGUUAUAACGAAGAUGUCGGGGACAAAUACAUCUGGCUGAAGUGAUUGAGUUCAAAUUUCGUCACUAAUUCAAACUGAGCGAAGUCUGGACCACUCGUCCGUUAUUGAUCCAAUUAUCUCCUGUUGUACAUCUUAAAUAAUAUGUAUGUAUUAAAAGAAUAAAUUUUGAAUCUACAAAA